AUGUCGCAGUACAUUCCCCAAAUUUCCUCCGUCUCCCUUCUCAAUAAGGUGGUUCUCAUAACUGGCGGUGCCAACGGCAUCGGUGCCAGUUUGGUUCAGCAAUGUCUGGAAAGCGGCGCCAACGUGUGCUUUGGGGACCUGGACAAUAUCGGGGGUGACCGUCUGCUUAGAAGAUGCUGCGAUGAAUUCAAACCAGAGGAAUCUGGACAGCCCCCACGCGCGAUCUUCCAGAGUACCGACGUAACCAAUUACCAAUCGGUGCUAGCCUUAUUCGAUUUGGCCUUCCAAACCUAUAAACGGAUCGAUCACGUCGUUUCUGCGGCUGGUAUCGUAGAGAUUGGCAAUUGGUUCGACUUUGGGCUGACUCUGCAGACCGUCCGCCAGACUCCCACCCACAAAGUGUUAGACGUCAACCUGCUUGGCUCGAUGUACGUCUCUCGAAUUGCAUCGGUCUACCUACGACACAACCGUGGCCCCGGUGCUGAUCGAUCUAUUCUGCUCUUUUCGUCAGUCUCGGGAUUCAAGCAGAGCCCGUCUCUUUUUGUUUAUCAGGCUGCCCAGCAUGGCGUUGUUGGCCUCAUGCGUUCCUUGCGCAGCUACAUUUCCUCUCCAUAUAAGCAUUAUUUGCGCAUCAACACUGUUUGUCCCUGGAUGACCCAAACUGAAUCCAUGAAGAAGAUUGAGCAGCAGUGGAAGCAGGCGAGCCUGCCAACAAAUUCCCCUCGAGAGGUCUCCACCGUGGCCACGGGUAUCUUGUCCGACCAAUCGUUGAAUGGCAAGUCCAUGUUCGUUGAGGGUGGGCGUGCUUGGGAAAUUGAAGAGAACAUCGAGCGACUCGAAGCCCAAUGGCUUGGCGAAGCUCCAUCGAAGGCCCUUGCAGCCGGACAGGAGCUACUGGACGAUGGAACUAUUUGGACUGCCGCACCUCGUAAGAGGAGCAGCAUCUCUAAUGGAAUCCCUCCUGGUGUGCCUCUCAACAAGAUUAAUGGCGUCCAGCCGAAUGGCGUGAAGAUAAUUGCCGUUAACGGACAUACCAAUGGACACACCAAUGAUCACACCAAUGGAAUUACAAAUGGAGUGCAUUAG